UUUGGAUGACAUGUGUGAAGUGGUAAAACAUGUAGAUAUCCAAGAAAGGGAAGAUGGCCUUGUCUAUGAAGCAGUAUUCCAAGCUGUCCGAAGAGGGAUUAUUGAGUUCGUUAUUCGUUUAUGUAAAGUAGAUCCGGAUGUAUUGUGGCGAAACUAUUCAAUGGGAAGGAACAUAUUUCAGUAUUCAAUUGAGUGUCGCCAGGAAAAAGUUUAUAGCCUUAUAUACGGGGUUGGUCAAAGAAAUCUUAUUGCAACAUUUUCAGAUGCUUUUGGAAAUGAUAUGCUACAUCUUGCAGGGAUGCUAUCUCCAACGGAAAAACUUGAUUGUAUUUCAGGUGCAGCCUUGCAAAUGCAGAGAGAAAGACAAUGGUUCAAGGAGGUUAAGAGUUUUGUAGUUUUACCCUCGGGAGUGAGAGCUUUCAAUAAAGAGGGUAAGAGGCCCCAUGAAGUAUUUACCCAGAACCACAAGAAAUUGAAGGAAGAAGGAGAAAAGUGGAUGAAAGAUACAGCAACUUCUUGUACAGUUGUAGGUGCUCUCACUAUUACCAUCAUGUUUGCUGCAGCCUUCACGGUUCCUGGUGGAAACAAUGGAGGAACAGGCUUUCCCAUAUUCUUACAUGAAAAGAUGUUUAUGGUUUUUAUAGUUUCAGAUGCUAUAUCUCUCUUUUCUUCCAUAACUUCAGUGCUAAUGUUUUUGGGAAUCCUUACAUCACGCUAUGCGGAAGAUGAUUUCCUCAAAUCCUUGCCCACAAAGAUGAUAAUAGGCCUUUCAACACUCUUGGUCUCCCUCGCUACCAUGAUGGUUGCCUUUUGUUCUGCCCUUUUCCUUAUGCUGCAUGAAAUAUUACAUAUUGUUAUCCCAAUCAUUUUCCUCGCCAGCAUUCCAGUCGCCUUAUUUAUUGGGAUGCAAUUUCCCCUUCUCGUUGAGAUUUUCAUUUCUACAUAUGGAGGAGGAAUAUUUGACAAGAAAGUGAAACGGUGGAUGGAAAUUCCUGAUGGUAAAUGAAAUAAAUUUUUU